AUGGCUCCAAAGAAUAAGUUUGACGAAUUGAAAGAGGAGUGGUUGAAGAGGAACAACUAUGGAGUAAAGGAGAAUAGGAACUUGGGAGAGACAAAAUUAAUGAACGAAAUAGCAUCUUGGGUUAAUGAAAUGUUAAGGGAAAUGGUAGACGAAGGGAGUAAAGAACUUAGUAAAGAACUAUGCGAAGGAAUGAAUGAAAAAGAAGGAAAAGGAAUGACACCGGGAGAAAUAGAAGUGUGCGCCUUCAUUGUCAAGAAUUUGUGGGAUAUGAGAAAAAGAAGUAUGAGUCAAUGCAGGAAGGGUGAAAUUAAUUCAGAAAUGAAAGAAUACGUCCAAUGUGCAGUAAUGAAUGCAUGGAUUGAUGAAUAUUGGAGUGCGCAUUGUGAAAGGGCAAAAAACGUCAUAAGCAAUGCACUCGCUGUAAUGGAGGAACUGAACGAAGGAUUCAGUACGGGGGAUGGAUGUGAAGAAUGUAAAUACAAGGAAUUGGAGCCCAUGGAAAUAUUGGGGAGGGUCAGUAUGUUAAGUAUUAUUCGUGGUGCUAUGAAUGGGAAUCCGAAAGUUACGCAAUUAAUAAGGGAAAAUCAAACACCGAAGGAAAAAUGUACGCCAGAAGAAAAGAAUGAUAAAAUAUGGAGUGAUUUCAAGAAAACAUUUGAUGACUUAAUCAGUAGAUUUAAGGAACAUGAGCCGGAUGAAAUAAAAAAGCUCUGUGGUGAAAUCAAGGCAGAUGGUUUUGGAAGUGUCGACAAUAAAAAAGAACUUUGUAAAGCUAUGUUACGAAUAAGAUAUUUUAUAAAUGGAAUUAAGGGAGGGAAAGGAAGAGGGGGCGAGCCGAAUAUUGAAAAAUUGACCGACAUACAGUCAUACCAAAGGUGUAUUGUAGGAAUGAUAACUAUGUUAGAGUUUUUCCAAUGGCAUUGUAAGUUUGAAGAAAUUGCGCAAUAUGUAGUAGGACCAAUGGAAGCAAUGUUAGAUGUGUAUGGACUGAAUGGAAAAUUUGAAAAGUGUAAAAUAGUAGACACUAAAAGUUUAGUAAUAGGUCAAAAGGUCGUGAGGGAUGAAAUUAAAAAGUGGAUAAAAGAUGUUAAGGGAUCAAUAGGAAGAGUGCAACAAAUAAGGACGGUAGGUGAAGACCAUUGUAAGGGAGAGAAUCAUGCACAAAAACAAAAGGAAGAGGAAGAAAAGAAUAGGGAAAAUGUUAUAAAGUUAUUCGGAAGGGAGAAGAAAGAAGAGUUAGGGAUAUUGACUAAUACCAGUAAUGAUUUUCCCAUGGAACAUGUGGAAAAAAAAUUAAAGGAAAUAGAUAAAGUUGGAGCAGGUGAUACAAAAAGAGGGCAGUUGGAGAAGGAAAUAGAGGAAAUAAUAGGGAAUACAUCAGGUUGUUCUGCACACUUAGGAAGUAAAGUCCUGAACGAGGAGGAAGAAAACUGGGGGGAACUAUUUACAAAAUUCUCAAAUCAUCCUCUAGAUAGUGACACUCAUUAUGAUAGGGACAAAUUUAAUGCAAUGGCAGUUUGGUGUGAAGGGGAUGAUAGUGACGCAGUUAAUUUGAAGGAACAUAAGGAAUUUUGCCAAUUGUUGCUAAAGAAUUUACUAAUGGUGAAAGAAAUUAAUUAUUCAUGUGAAAAAGAAACACUAGAGCAUGGAGGAAAGAAAUGGUGUGUUAAAGCUUGUGAUUUAUUGAAUAUAUGGUUAAUGCAUAUACGUGAUGUGUGUGUAUCCGAGGAUGUUAUUAAAGGAGUGUUCACAAGAGUGCAUGCAGCAGAUGAACUUUUCGGGGGUACAGGGGAAUACACAGAGUGUAUGUAUGGAAGGAUUAGUAAUUUAAGGAGAGAUGAUGAUGAUAUUUUAAAUAAUAUACUGAAAUGGAUGGAAUGUAAGAAGGGAGAGGGAGAGUUAGAUGAAAUUCAUAAGAAGAAUUGGUGCACUGCGAGCAGUGCACUAAAAAGAUCAAAAGGAUGGACUCAAUGGAAAAAUCAAAAUACAGAUAGGAACAGGGAGCUGCAGGGAGAGGAGUAUAUGAAAAAACUGAACGAAGAAGCAACAAAAAAGGAACAUAUAUUGCAGAAAAUGCAGUCCAUUGUGGGCUUACAACCCCAACCACCACCUCCCCCCGUCCAACCACUAACCCGACAAGGCAAGGACUGUAGAAAGAUUAACGACUUAUGUCAGCGCGCCAAAUGUGUAUCAACACAAUGGUUUAAGGACAGAAUGGAUAAAACGAUAGGAAAUCAGAACUGGUGUACAUUUUGGGACACGGACGUCCCAGGAAAAUUGACAGGUUUGUCUGAAAAAUUAGCAAAGAACGACCCAGAGGUCGAUCCUCUGUGCGAGAAAAUUUAUGGGAAGAAUACUACACUAAGUGAAACAGAGAAGAACGCAUGUAUCUCCAUUAUUAAGGGAUUAAAACAUAUAUACAACAUUGAGGUAGAUCUGAGUAAGAUAGAUCCAAAGAAAAAUUAUGCAGAAGAAAAAAAGAAGAAGGAGAAUAGUAGAAUAUUCCAUCAAACUAUCAAAUGCAUCUUCCUGAAUGCAUAUGCUGAUAAAUUGAAAAAGGAGGUUAAAUCCCCAUGUAAUAUCACGGAAGAAACUAUAACUGAAGCAUUUAAGAGAGGAAAUAAAAAGAAGGAUGAUUGGUGUGAGGAGAAGAAAAAGAAGAAUGGAGGUGACUGUUUUGAAUGUAAAAGGGAAGCUAACUUUAAAGAUUGCACACUACACGUGGAUGAAGCAUUGUUGAAUAAGCCACCAGGUAUAAGAUGUGAGCAAUACAAUAAAAAUAUAAAAGGGAAGUUGGAUGACAUGCUCAAGAACGACACUAAAAUAACAACAACCCUAACAGCUAUAAAUAAUAUAAAUAAUACCUUAUGUAAUCGCGUAAAUUGUGUAACAGUAAAAUGGUUUGAAAAUAGAAUGGGUCCAAAUGGGAGAAGUGGGACUUCAAAGCAAAACUGGUGCACAUUUUGGCUGCAGCACGACGUUGGACGCGUAUUUAGGGGACUGUCUAAUGCUAUGACUAAUAAAAGGGGAGACACCGACAACUAUUGUAAUAAAGUCGGGCAGGAGGACAGUGCAGAAAGAAAGGUAUGUCAAUAUAUUACUAGGGGGUUAGAAUAUAUAUAUAAAAUUACAAAGAACGAAGUGCCGAAAAGUAUAACAAACAAAGAGAAUAAGGCAAAGUUAGAAAAGCAAUAUGCUGAUGAUCAACCAUUUGAUCAAGUUGUGGGAUGCCUCUUCCUGAAUGUGUACGCUGAUAGAAUAAAGCACAAAUGCCUAGCAGCCGAGGCGGGCAUAGAACACGCUUUCAUGAAAAGUGAACAAAUUAAAAAUGGAACAUCUCCAUGCAGUGGGGAGGGUAAUAAUUGUGUUACUUGCACAAGGAAACCUAAUUUUGAUUGCACACUGAACGUGGAGGCAGACCUGUUGAAUAAGGGCGCAAGUGGAACGUGCGAAAAUGACAGAAUUAAUAUACAGAACAAGUUGGGUAAAAUGCUCGACCCAAGGACAAACGGGGAUCCAAGUGUACAGCCAGCUCUGAAAGCAUUAAAUAACAUAUGUCCAACCAAACCACCAGAAGCACCACAACCACAAGCUGCCAAACCGGCAGCAGAAACUACAACUUCUAAGGGUACUGAAAAUACCACUCCAAGUAAGAAAUGUGAAAAUAUGGACCAAAUUAAUGAUGCUGAACAGUUGGGAGCAUGUCUCGAUGCUAUGGAUAAUCAAAUUAGUGCCAUUCCUGGUAGUAUUGCUGAUAAUGAUGAUACCCCACUUAGCGGUACCUGGGUAUCACCAGGUGGCAAAGCAGGUACAGCAUCAGGUCCUACACAUACACACUCCCGAACUCCAAGUACAGUAACAGACACACAAACACCUGCAUCUUCCAAUUCCGUUGCAAGUUCCAGUUCUGGUACUGGCUCAGGUGCUCGGGGUGCUGGAGUUGGUGGUGCUAAGGACACUGCUACUUCCAAAGACUCAUCACCGACGACUCCUGAUGUGGAUAUAAAGGGUCCUAAGGUAGACGUACCAUUAACUCCACCAGGAGGACCAAAUCUUGGUCUAUCAUCAGGAACAACACAAUUAGGAACAGGUCUACAGGGAUCAGUUUCAAAUGGUCCGCGAAGUAAAAAAUUAACACCGAAAAAUGCCGCAAAGUUCCUUCCCCUUAAACCAUAUUUUGCCUUGCCUGGUAAAAGAAAACGUUACAGAAGAGCUCCUCAAAUACGUGGUCCCUCGUUAGAACAGAAGAUUGUUGACCAUGUGGAUGACCAGGCAGAUGGUCAACAUGGAUAUACCUUAGUAAAGGACCGAAAACCAAGAUCUGUUCCAACGAAAAGGACGAGGAGCCCAAAAAAACGUCCUGAUCGCCGUGGUGUAGGUCGCCGCACUAUUAUUGAUAUUCAUUUAGAAGUUUUAGACGAAUGUCAAAGGGGGGACACAAAAGUGGAUCAGGAGGACUUUUUUGAAAUUUUGGUUCAGGAAUUUAUGGGAAGCAAUUUUAUAAAAGAAGAAAAUGUUCCUAAGGAAGAGGUUGCAAGUUCAGAUUCCGGAUUUAGGAUAGAUGUUCCUAAGGAACAGGGUCGAAGUGUAGAUUCAGGUUUAGGGUUUAGGGAGAAAGGCUUUGUUCCAAAGGAAGGUGUUCCUAAGGAACAGGUUCCAAGUUCAGAUUCCGGGUUUAGGGAAGAAGACUUUUUUCCUAAGGGAAGAAGUUUGUAA